GUCGUCCCCCCCGCUUCCGGUGGGGGUGGGUCGCUGUCUGGAAAGCUGGUUUGCGUCGCCAUGGCAGCUACCUUGACACACUGUCUGGUCCGUCGUGUCCGGGCCGCCGUCGCGCGAUGUGGAUUCGCGACCGAAAGGGUGGCAGGCCCAGGUCCUACCGGCCGCGAGCCGGACCCGGAUUCCGAUUGGGAACCGGAGGAGCGGGAGCUGCAGGAGUUGGAAAGCACCCUGAGACGGCAGAAGAAAGCAAUCCGAUUCCACAGAAUCCGGAGGCAGAUGGAGACUCCAGGUCCCCCUCCCAGAACUCUGACGCGGGAGGCCAUGGACCAGAUCCGGUAUCUACACAAGGAAUUUGCAGAUUCCUGGUCAGUUUCCCGGUUGGCUGAAGGCUUUGAUGUCAGUACCGAUGUUAUUCGCAGGGUUUUAAAAAGUAAAUUUGUACCCACUCUGAAACAGAAAUUGAAGCAGGAUGAAAAAGUCCUUAAGAAGGCUGGGCUUGCCCACUCCAUGCAGCAGCUGCAGGGCCCGGGAGAUGGAGCAAAGCCUCUUGCUGCAGGCCAUGCUGCAUUGGGCUCUUUGCUGCUGCCCAUGCAGGAGGCCUCAUCCAGAGGCCAGAGCCCUGGCACAGCUCUGACAGUGCUGGAGCCCAACACUCAGAGUACAGCUGCUCCACAUGGACCGAAAGUAAGGAAUAAAGGAAGCCGGGAUCUGGGGAAGGGGAGCUUUGUGCCCAACACUACAGCCUCAGCUCAUCAGAGAGAGCCAAAGUCCUCCACCAGACACACUGUGGGCACCGGAAACACCAAUGGCCGUGGCUUGCCAAGUGACGAGAAGCUGGAGGAGUGGAAGGCAGAUGAGCCACAUGACCAGAACUUCAGCAGCAAAGUAGUACAGAGGGGCCGGGAGUUCUUUGACAGCAAUGGGAACUUCCUGUACAGAAUCUGAACCAGAGCACGGCUUAUGGAAAUGCCUCGUGAAACACAGCUGGGCAAAUGGGAUGCUGUUGGGAUUUCUGCUCCCUUGUUUUGAAACAUUUUCACUGUGUGAAAGGUCACACAGGCUAGGCUGACCUUGAACUCAGUGCAGUCUUACUGCUUCAGCCUCCUGAAUCCUGGGAUCACUGGUAUGCGUCCAGCUAGGGUUUCUGCAUGUUUUAUUUACCCUCACAUAGAGGGGUGCAAUGAGCCUGGAAUAUGAGCUACUUGAUUAAAUGAAGCUUUUUGGAUCACAACCUCCACCCCAGCCCCUGUGGGCCUUUAGUCCUGUGCGCCCUCCUGCUUGGGCUCUGUGUUGAACACCAGUGUUGUGUGUGCCGAGUUGAGUUUCUGUCACACUUGUAAUAAUAUGUUUGGGAGGAAAUGAGCUUGUCUUCCGACCUCAUUUCCUUCCCAAUCCCUAACGUGGAGUGUUCUGGAACUGCUUAGUCAAUUGGUUGUUUCCCUUAUGUGCAAAAAUAAAGUAAAACGUAGCUGUU